UAACUAAUCUGAGACAUGACGUUUCUUAUCUUUGCAUUUAACCAGACAAAACUGAUAACCUCCGUACUAUCGUUCUUCAGUCUUUCUUGUAGAUCAAAAUCCCAACAAAUAUCAAGCAGGAUGAUUAGAGUUAUAUGUCUUGCAUUAAUGGUAUGCUGUAGUCUUGCUGUCCCACUAUCAAGUACUCCAGUUCCUCACUCUACUAUGAGUGUACAGAAUGCAGUAGCAAAAUUACAACAAAUUGUGAAACAGGAAGUUGCUGUUUUGUGGCAAAGUGCUGACACAAAUAAAGACGGAAAAUUUACUGCCUCGGAUAUGAAUGUCAUUUUCACUGAUUACGAUCAUGACAACAACAGUAUUAUUACGAAAGCAGAAUUCAUUGGGAGAUUUACUCACAACCAACCAGAGAUGAAUACCAUAGCACAGGGUCUGUUUCUCACAUUUGAUGUCAACAGAGAUGACACUAUAACUCAUCAUGACCUCGAUCUGUUUUAUCAAAGAAUGGAUACUGAUCAUAGCAACAAUGUUAAUGAGUCAGAAUUCACGAAGUAUUUCACAGAAGUGAUGACUUUACUAUUUGUUAUUCAACUACAAGGAGGAAACACUCCCACUACAACAAUGGCUUCUGGAUAGAGCAACAAAACGCAGAGUUUAUUAAAUUUUUACACCUGUUUCAA